AUGAAGAUAAAGCUCAUCAUUAUUUUUGCUUUGAGCACAGCAGCAGUCGAAGUCGACUCAUGUUCUUGUCUACCAUUUAACACAUUGGAAGAAAUAUACUGUUUUUCGGAUUUUGUUUCGCAUUUGAAGGUUACUUCUAAACAUGAUCCAAACCCGAAAGAGGGACCUCGUUAUUUUCAAGUCACUUACGAUGUAGAACAUAUCCAUAUCUAUAAGAAUGCGUCAUAUAUCAAGGAAAUACCAAAAAAGAUCAUAACAGCAGGUCAUGAAAGCACAUGCGGAGUGUCUCUUACCGAGGGCGGCGAGUAUCUAGUUGGAGCCUCCGUGGGAAAUGGCUAUAUUUAUGCCUCCAGCUGCGGCCUUUCUUGGCCUUGGGCGUAUGUUUCAUCACAAGACAAGAUAGCCCUGAGCAAAUACAAUUGUUCGACUGUGUAA